AUGGUUCCUAAUGCUAUUCCGCAUAGUCUUUCACUCUCACAACACCAAUCCAUUUCCCAACCUGAAGCUCAACUACAAGACUAUCUCCCCUUUGCACUCCUCCCAAUUCUAAUAAUAACAGCCCUUGCAGCCCCACCGUUCUAUGGACGCGGCAUCAUCUUCGCGUCCCUCAUAAUCUUGACAGAUUAUUUGAGUUUAGUAUCACCAUGGCCUCCAAAUGCAGGCUCAACACGGCCGUCACGGUAUGGGAAUGCAAGCUCUUGGUUACUUGUCCUUCCAGUCCUGGAAAAACUACUUCUUCAUGUGCCCGAGCAAGAUUUCUGGCGCAUUAACGACCUCACCGAUGAUGCCGUUCAUACGAGUCGAGGAACAAAAGACAAUAGUUCUCCAUCUAACCAUCGCCAACCCGCACCACCGCCGCCUUGGACAUGGCGUAAAUUACGCUGGGCAGGAUCACUGGCAAGUACACCCCGUGGAGUAGGCUGGAACUUUGCAAGCCACCGCGUGAAGAACGCAUACGACGCAAUGAGAAGGAAGAAGAUUUCGAGAUUCUCAUUCGUGCGUUCCAGUUUAGCGAGAGCUUUCUUCUCGUAUCUUGCACUCGAUUCUGUUCUGGUUUUUGGCCAGGAUCUAUCCGUCCCCAUUACAUGGAAGGCGAACUGGAUCACGAUUCGAGAUAUCUUGGUUGCCGAGUUUUUCAUGUUCGUGUGUACAUACGCGAGCAUGACGAUGCAGUUCGAAUCCCUUGCUGCCAUUUCAGUGGGAUUGGGCUUCAGUCGGCCCGAGCCAGUCCUAGGCUUCGGAAACUUCAUAGUCCAGCGUCUGCAUAUUACCAACAAAUCACCGGCGGCCUCUCUCAUCAUUCUCACCACGGCAUUCGGCAUCAGCAACUUCUUCCACAUCGUAUGCCUCGCAGUCAUCCGAGAUGAGAACCUAACCCUACAAUCUCUCAUCACGGACAUGUCCCUUUUCUUCAUGACCCAACCGGUAGCAGCAUGCAUGGAAGCGCUCGCAAUCCACAUCUACUCCAAGUGCCAUCCGACCCAUUCAAACGAACACGGGGAAAGCGAAACCAUCACCACCAGAAAAAUGAAUGGCAGUGGCAAGCAACCACACGCCGCCAGUGGUGGAAAUCCCUCGCCCGUCCUGCGUGCCGUCGGCUACCUCUGGGUCGUCACCUGGUUCUCCGUCACCGGCUGGGGCUUCACCAGAGCGUACAUCGCCGUGGGCGUCAGGGACUGGCAGAUUCCGCUCUCGCUGUGGCGUGCACUGCUGGACCGGAACCGGUAG